AUGCCGAAUCGGCUGUCAUGGGCUCGCCAUGUCCUCGGUGAUCUCAUGCCAUACCUUUGUCUCUACCCGAAUUGUCCAGCACCAAAUCAACUGUAUGAGAGUCGAAGGGAUUGGUUUGAUCACUUGCGGACUCAGCAUUCCGUAUCUGGACACUAUUAUGGAUAUACAGACUGUCCACUCUACCGAGAGUCUGUUCGAUCUGGAAAGGUGUUUGAGAGACACCUAGGCCACCAUAUGGAAGAACUAGCAUUCUUUGCACUGCCGACCUCGGAAAAGGCGAACGAGGAAGACGCGAGUGAUGAUCAGGAAGACACUAGUGAGGAUCGAGAAGAUAUGAGUGAUGAAAUUAAUCACGAAGGUCGCGAAUCACCUACUUUGAAUCUUUAUAGUUUAGUCGGAUAA